AGAGACUGCGCAAUGCUGUCAUGGAGAGUUGUUUGAGGGACUGCAGAGCCUGCAUUUAUGUCAUUUUUUUAGUUUAGCGACUUUCUCGUUUCCUAUGCACCUUGUACUUAAUUUUGGAAGCCAUGCGGCGGAGUAAAAUCGAAGUAGAUCGCUACGUUUCUUCGGUGCAGAGCUCUUCGCCUUCCCUCAAAGAGAAACCAGUGAAGGGGUUCCUGUUUGCAAAGUUAUAUUUUGAAGCAAAGGAAUAUGAUCUUGCAAAAAGGCAUGUCUCAGAGUAUCUCAAAAUCCAAGAGCGGGAUCCAAAAGCACACAAAUUUCUUGGACAGCUCUAUGAACGAGAGGGUAACGUCAGCAAAGCAGUGGGGUGUUACAAGCGCUCGGUGGACUUGAAUCCAGCUCAGAAGGACCUAGUUUUGAAAGUUGCGGAGCUGCUUGUCAGUCAGGAGGACUGUGACAGCAGAGCAGAGUUCUGGGUUGAAAAAGCUGCAAAGUUACUCCCAGGAAGUCCCUCUGUCUUCAACCUCAAGGAGCGGCUGUUGAGUCGUCAGGGGCAACCAGGAUGGAACCGCCUCUUCGAUCUUCUGCAGGCAGAGCUCACAGCACGUCCUGGAGACCCUCACGUCAAUGUGAAACUCGUUCAACUUUUCUGCCAAGAUGGACGCUUGGAUGAGGCAGUUAAGCACUGCCUGUCUGCUGAAAAGAGGGGCAUGCUGCGCCACAGCCUGGACUGGUACAACGUGGUGGUGCAGACACUUAAGGAGUAUUUGGCUCAGCCGGCCGUCUCGGGAAAUGAGAAGAUGUGUCGUCGCCUCCAAAGGGAGCUGCUGCUGUCGCUGUGCAGCCUCCUGAGGAUCACACUGUCGAGCAGUAGCCUGCAGCCCUGCCUCAAUGCACUCACAAACUUUGAUCAGGCUAUGCAGGAGAUGAGCAGCGUCGCCCCACGGCACCCAGAUGAUCUUUUUGAGGUCUUUUUGGAGAUGAGGGGUCACCUGUACCUGCACGCGGCCACCCUCCUCCUUAAAAUGGCCCAGGAGAAACAACAGACCUGGAGGGCAGUGGUGGACUUGGUUGCUCUGUGCUACUUACUGGCAUACCAGGUUCCAAGACCAAAACCUAAAAUGACCAAACGAGACCAAGUGGCGCCUCAGUUCUUGGAGCUUGUGGCCAGUGACCGUCAGAGUCAGGCGGGACACAUGCUGCUCAACCUCAGCGCAGACCCCACCACUCUGAUACAUGAGGUUGUGGAAGCCUUUGGAAACCGCAGUGGUCAGGACUCCCUGUUUGAGAUCCUAUUUGGACCACAAGUCUCCACAUCUUCAUCAUUUAUCGCCAACGAUGACAUCCGAUCCCUAACCACCAUGGUCCCAGAGAGCUCUCAACUGGCCAAGUGUGACAGCGGGUCCAUACUGUUGCACGGUGGUGACUUGCAACAUCUGAGUUGGCUGGGACUGCAGUGGACCCUUAUGGCCCAAAGAGCAGAUGUCAGAGACUGGCUUCAGCAGCUCUUUCCCAAACUCACCCUUGAAACUUCAAAGCUGGAUGCAAAUGCCCCUGAAUCCAUCUGCCUGCUUGAUCUGGAGGUGUUUGUGCAUGGUGUUGUCUUCUGCAGUCACUGUCAGCUUCAGGAGACGGCCAAGAUCAGUGCAGAAAUGAUCCAGCCUCUGUACGUCCCGCGCUGCCUUCCCCUGCCCCUCAUCCGCCUCCUCACCACCGACAGGCAGAGGGAAUGGUGGGAUGCCAUUUACAGCCUCAUCCACAAGAGGGCCGCACCUGGUACGUCAGCCAAACUAAGGACGAUUGUGCAGCACGGACUGAGCACUCUGAGAGCUAGAGAGAAGCACGGACUACAGCCGGCACUGGCCAUUCACUGGGCUAAAGUCCUCAAUCAAACGGGUGACUGCAUAAACUCGUAUUAUGAUCAGAAGGAGUACAUUGGUCGCAGUGUUCACUACUGGAAGGUCGUGUUGCCUUUAUUGGACAAAAUCAAACAUCGACGAAGCAUUCCUGAACCUCUGGAUCCACUCUUUAUUCACUUUCCAUCUGAAGACAUUCAGAUUUCAUCAUUGAAACAACUUGAGGAAGAAGCCCAUAUUGCAUUUGCUACACUUCUGGACAUUGAGGGUAGAACUGAGGAAGCAAUAGCCACUUUAGAAACCAUCAACAAUAUAUCAUCCAUUUGGCAUCUGGCCCAGAUCUAUCAGCGUCUGUCAGAGGAGGCCAGUAACGGUGUAGAGGAGACACAGGACAGAUGCAUAAUGUUCUUGAGGAAAUUCAGAGCCUAUUUGUCCAAAAUCUACAAUGCCAGUCCAGAGGAUAUUGACAAGUUGCCAGUGUCGAUGGAGGAAGUGGUAGACCUUCUGAAUGAUGUGAACCAGCAGCUGGGCAACAGUGGAGAGUCCAUGGAUGAAGAGGAGGAGAAGGAGCCAGAGAGCAGAGGCCCAACACACUCAAGUCCAGCUCAAGCUAAUGACAUCUCGGCAACCAUCUCCCACAUCAAGUUUUCAACACCAUCACCAAACAAAAGCAUCGUCUCUCCUUCCAGACGGCACCUGAUUUCUCCCAAGACACCUCCCCAUUGGGUGGAGGAUCAGAAAAGUCUUCUUCAGAUGUUGUGUCAGCAAGUCGAAGCACUUAAGAAUGAGGUCCAUGAUCUACGACACAACACACCAGGAGCUGCGGGUUCCCCUCAUCACAAACUCUACAGUGACAGUUAUGGAGCAGAUGGGCUGCAGGAGUCCUUCACACCUGUGCAGUCCUACCACGGGGCCCCCCUCACAGUUGCCACCACAGGCCCCUCUGUCUAUUACAACCAAUCACCAGCAUACAAUUCUCAGUAUCUCCUCCGCACUGCUGCAAAUGUGACUCCAACAAAGGGUCCCAUGUAUGGUAUGAACCGAAUGCCCCCCCAGCAGCACAUGUACGCCUACCAACAGCCUACUCAUACCCCUCCUCUACAGGCCCCGCCUCCAUGCAUGUACCCCCCUCAGGAACAAGUCUUUGGUGCCCCUCUACGCUUUGAAUCCCCUGCCACCAGCCUCCUCUCCCCAUAUAGUGAAGAAUAUUAUGCCCAGCAAACUGGGGCUGCUAACCCGUCCUUACCUGAGCCUGGCUACUUCACCAAACCAACAGUAGUCCCAGCACAGCCAAAAAGCAUAGAAGGAAAACCAGUGGAUUUUGGAAAGCUUUCAUUCGGCCAACAGGCACCUACUGAAGUGCCCAAAGUACCUAGUUUUGGUGCAGGUGUGGUUACCCAGUCCACCCCAUCCCCUGCAUUUAAAUUCAACUCCAAUUUUAAGUCAAAUGAUGGAGAUUUUACAUUUUCUGCAUCUCAAAAUAAACAUUCAGAAAGCUUGCUUGGACUACUGACAUCAGAUCUCGCCCCUAAAGUUGAAGACAAGCCUACAACCCAGGACCAACAGCCCGCACAAUCGAAUAUAUUUACAUUUGGCAACAAGAGCACAUCAGGUUUCUCUUUUCCUGAUUCUGUUCAAAGCACUGGGAAUAUAUUUGGGAAGGUAGACCAGCCCUUUAAGUUCGGAGAAGUGCCUAAGCCUGUUUUUGGAAUGCCCCAGCAAGCAGCCGAAGAGGCGAGAGAAUCAGAGAGCGACAAUGAUAGUAGUCACAUUGAGGAAGAUGACGAUGGCCCACAUUUUGAACCAAUUGUACCACUGCCAGACAAAGUAGAUGUAAAAACUGGGGAAGAGGAUGAGGAGGAAAUGUUUUGUAACAGGGCCAAGCUAUUCAGAUUUGACAAUGAGACGAAAGAAUGGAAGGAAAGAGGAAUUGGUAAUGUUAAAAUCCUUAAAAAUAACAUUAACGGAAAGGUGCGUCUUCUCAUGAGAAGAGAGCAAGUUCUCAAAAUCUGUGCCAACCACUACAUUACCACUGAUAUGCUUUUGAAACAUAACUCUGGUUCCGACAAAUCUUGGGUAUGGAAUGCUAUUGAUUACGCAGACGAAGAGCCUAAACCAGAGCAAUUGGCAAUUCGAUUCAAAACUGUUGAUGAAGCUGCACUUUUCAAAUCAAAAUUUGAAGAGGCGCAAAAAAUUGUGCAGGCAACACAAGAAGACCAGCCAAAGAAAAAGGAAGAAAGUUCCACAACUCCACGCACUGAUUCGCUAGCUGAGCAAUUUGCACCCAAAGAAGGGGAAUGGAGAUGCGAUGUCUGUUGUAUUACAAAUAAACCAUCAAGUGUAAAAUGUGUUGCUUGUCUAACUCCAAAUCCCAAUGCAAAAACAACAAAUGAGCAAGCUCCAACUGAGACCAAAAGCAGUCCGUUUACAUUUAAAUUUGGAACAGAUUCAACCCAGUCUAGCUUUUCAACCUCAGCUGGCUUUCCUGCAUCCAGUGAUUCACUGGCUAUGCUGUUUGCUCCUAAAGAAGGGGAAUGGAAAUGCGAGGUGUGCUUUAUUACAAAUAAACCAUCAACUGUAAAAUGUGCAGCUUGUCAAACUCCUAACCCUAAUGCAAAAUCAACAGAUGAUCAAGCUCCCACAGAGGUUAAAAGCAGUCCAUUUUCAUUCAAGUUUGGAACAGAUUCAACUCAGUCUAGCAAUUCAAUUUUUGUUGAUUUGUCUGCUCGCACCGAUUCACUGGCUGAGCAGUUUGCACCCAAAGAAGGGGAAUGGAGAUGUGAUGUGUGCUGUAUUACAAAUAAACCAUCAACUGUAAAAUGUGCAGCUUGUCAAACUCCUAACCCCAAUGCAAAAUCAACAGAUGAUCAAGCUCCAACAGAGGUGAAAAGCAGUCCAUUUUCAUUCAAAUUUGGAAUAGAUUCAACUUCUAGCACACCAGCAAGUUCAUCAGGAUUUUCUGAAUUUAGUGGUUUUGGAUUGUCUAUGCCAUCAUCUUUUACUUUUGGCACAACAAAGCCAGCCAAUGUUAUAGAUAAUUCUUUCUCCGGUUUUGGUUCUGGAUUUGGUAAAAAGUCCGACCAGUGGACAUGUGACACAUGCUCCACCAAAAAUGACACUUCCACUGAUGCCUGCUCUUCAUGCAAAUCUGUGAAAGGGUCGACUAAGGUAGAGACACCCCCUCAGCAAUCUGAAACAAAAAGUACCCCUGCUCCUAUUGCUAAAAAGGACAUUGAUUUGGCAGCACAGUUUGGCAAAAAGCUUGGUCAGUGGGACUGUGAUACUUGCCUUGUCCGAAAUGAGGCCUCAGCUCCAGCAUGUGUAUCCUGCAGUGCACCUAACCCCACCCCGUUCGACGCAAGGUUUGCCAAGAAGGAAGGAGAAUGGGAUUGCGACACUUGUCUUUUGAGAAAUAGUCCUUCAGCUCAGAAGUGUGUUGCCUGCCAAGCUCCACAUCCUAAUGCUAAAGAAAGCACAAAAACUAGCACAGCUGCUCCUUCUGCAUCUUCGUUUAGUUUUAGUAUAAAGUCAAAAUCUCCAUCAAACCAGCCGUCUUCAAGUGGAUUUACGUUUGGGAGUGCAGGCACCUCUUUUCAGUUUGGUCAAAGCAAAGAUAAAGAGAGUUCUAUUGGAUCUUUUAAAUUUGAAGCCCCACAAACAAGCUCUAGUAUUACAUCUUCUUCAGGGUUUUCCUUUUCAAUGCCAGCAGGGGGCUUCAAGUUUGGUACUCAAGAUACGGCAAAAGAUGCAACCGAUGCCAAGGAGCCACCCACCAGCUCUGCGUCUAGUUUCUUGAAAAGCAUUGCAGACAAACAUAAUGAAAACGAGGCUGCUACAACAGAACCAGCACAAAAGCCCAACAUACAAAAUUUUCCAGAUUUCACUAAAACAUCCAGCGGUGGUUUUAAAUUUGGUGAAAAAGCCCCUAAAGAGGGUUCUACGACUGAACAAGAUCAAAACCCACUUGUAUCCGGACAAACUGAUGCUUUUAGUUUUGCAGAUUUAGCUAAGUCAUCAGGUGACAGCUUCCAAUUUGGUGAAAAAGAUCCAAAUUUUAAAGGUUUCACUCGAGCUGGAGAACAGUUGUUCACCUCAUUUCAAGCCACUCCCUCAAAAACAGAAACUGCAAAAGAGGGUGAGGAUGAUGGCAUGUACAAGACCGAAGAAAAUGAUGAUAUACAGUUUGAACCGGUAGUCCAAAUGCCAGAUAAAGUCGAAUUGGUGACAGGUGAAGAAGAUGAGGAGCUUAUGUACUCCCAGAGGGUAAAACUAUUUAGGUUUGAUGCUGAUAGUAGCCAAUGGAAAGAACGUGGGGUUGGAGUGCUCAAAUUCCUCAAAAACAGCAGCAACGGUCGACUAAGAAUUUUAAUGCGAAGGGAGCAGGUGCUGAAAGUGUGUGCAAACCACUGGAUCACCACAACAAUGAAUCUCAAGCCUCUAGCUGGAUCGGACAAGGCAUGGAUGUGGCUUGCCAACGACUUUGCAGAUGGAGAUGCUAAAUUGGAGCAGCUAGCUGCCAAAUUUAAAACUGUAGAGCUAGCACAAGAGUUCAAGCAGAAAUUUGAAGAAUGCCAGAGACUUUUGCUCGAUAUUCCCUUGCAGACGCCUCACAAACUUGUUGAUACUGGACGGACUGCACAUCUUAUCAAGAAAGCAGAAGAAAUGAAGUCCGGGUUGAAGGAUUUAAAAAUCUUUUUGACAGAUGACAAGACGAAAUUAAAAGAUGAGGAAGCGGAGAGCAGUUUUGUAAUAAAAUCUCAAAACGAAACAACAGUACCAGCGCUUGAAUGGGACAACUAUGAUCUAAGAGAAGAUGCAUUAGAUGAUACAACCGAAACAUCAGUGUAUGCAUCCCCCACUACAAGUAGUCCAUUGAGAAAAAACCUGUUUUGCUUUGGCGAGGCAUCAAGCGGGUUUAGCUUCAAUUUCCAGCCACUGAUAAGUCCGUCAAAAUCACCUGCUAAGCUUAACCAAAGCAGAGCAUCAGUGGGCACUGAUGAUGAGGAUGGCGCUCAAGAGGAAGAGCGAGACGGCCAAUAUUUUGAACCAGUCUGCACUCUGCCUGAACUGGUGGAGCCAUCUACUGGUGAGGAGAAUGAACAAGUAGUUUUCUGCUAUAGAGCCAAACUUUAUCGCUAUGAUGUGAACCAGUGGAAAGAAAAAGGCAUUGGUGAUCUCAAAAUAUUGCAAAAUCUUACAACAAAACGUGUGAGACUUAUAAUGAGGAGAGACCAAGUCCUUAAGUUGUGUGCAAACCAUUGGAUAACGGCAACAAUGAAACUGGAGCCAAUGAAGGGAGCAGAGAGGGCAUGGGUCUGGGUUGCAAUGGAUUUUUCUGAUCAGGUGGAUGGUAAAAUUGAGCAGCUAGCCGUAAGGUUUAAGCUAGAAGACACGGCUAAUACCUUUAAACAGGUCUUUGAUGAAGCUAAAAUCGCACAAGAUAAAGAAGAGUUGAUGACACCAGUGACACCCUUAGAAACUUCUGUUACUACUACUACUUCUACUCCAUCCAAACGUGAUACUGCAGUUUGUGGGAAGGCAGCAAUCGCAAUACUAGAAGAAACAACAAAAGAGAAGAGCAAACCAUGUCCUGAGACAAGUCCAGCUGAGGGCCAGACGAUUUCAACCACUGUAGCCAAAACAGUCAUGUCUCCACCCAAGUUUGUGUUUGGAUCAGACAGCAUACAAAAGAUCUUUGGCUCUCCAAAAUCCACUUCGAUCACUGCAGAGUCUAUAACCACCAAAGCUAAAGGUUUUGGACUAACCUCAGCAGCAGCAUCGGGAGGACCAACAUUCACGAUACCAGAUAAUGCACCUCCAGUGGCAGAAGGAGGAAGUGGAGGUUCAGACGAGGACUCUGAUGUGGAGAUAGUGUAUGUGAGAGAGCCCACUGCUGAACAGGCAGCGCUGGCCAAAAAACUCCAACUCCCACUUACUUUCUUCUGCUACAAGAACGACCCGGGCUACGUCAGUGAUGAGUCAGAGGAUGAUGAGACCUAUGAGUCAGCAGUGAAGGCUUUAAAUGGUAGGCUGUACCCAGAUCCUCCACAGGAACAGGCUGUGGCUGCUCAAGAUGAAGCAGACUGUGUGGUUGUGUGGGAGAAGAAGCCCACCCCAGAGGAGGAGCAGAGGGCACUCAGUCUGCAGCUGCCCCCUCACUUCUUCUGUGGAAUCAGUCCAGAUAGUGACACAGACCACGACAAGAACGAAGACUUCGAGACAGAGGUCCGCAAGGCUCAGCGAGCUCUGGAUGCACAGUUACAAGGCACUACAAAGGAAAGCAAGAUAAAUGAACCUCCCCAGGCGGCGAGUGAACCUCCUCAACCGGCGAAUGAACCUCCUCAACCGGCGAGUGAACCUCCUCAACCGGCGAGUGAACCUCCUCAACCGGCGAGUGAACCUCCUCAACCGGCGAGUGAACCUCCUCAACCGGCGAGUGAACCUCCUCAACCGGCGAGUGAACCUCCUCAACCCUCAGAGGAGCAAGCAUCAGGCAGCACGGAGGCCUCCACAGUACCCCCUGUGUGUGAGGAGCACACUGCAGAAGAGCCCAAAGAGACCCAGAGUGAACCUCCUCCUCCCAUCAGCAGCAGCACCACCAGCACCAGCAUCAGUACCACCCCCACCAGCAGCGCCCCCAUCGACUUAUCCACCAAGAAGAGCUCAGAGCCAGAAACAAAUAACGACACUGCAGACGCUCAAGGUGACACCCCUUUGUUUGGCUUCAGCACAUCGAGCAGCUUUUCGUUUGCAGAUUUGGCCAAAAACACAGAUGGAUUUGCAUUUGGAAAAUCAGAUUCAGACUUCUCCUGGGCCAAUGCAGGAGCCACUGUUUUUGGGUCUGCCACACCCACAACAUCAAAGUCUACUGGUGAAAAUGAUGAAGAUAAUGAGGAAGAGGAGGCUCCUAAUAAUGUGGACAUUCACUUUGAGCCAAUUGUGUCACUGCCAGAGGUGGAGACUAAGUCAGGGGAGGAGGAUGAAGAGAUCCUAUUUAAGGAGCGGACCAAGCUGUACCGCUGGGACAGAGAACUGGGGCAGUGGAAGGAGCGUGGAGUGGGCGACAUCAAAAUCCUGUACCAUCCUGUAAAACACUACUAUAGAGUCCUGAUGAGGCGAGACCAGAUCCUCAAGGUUUGUGCCAACCACACCAUCACUAAGACCAUGGAGCUCAAACCCAUGAAUGUGUCGCCCAACGCCCUCGUCUGGAACGCCACCGACUACUCUGAUGGAGAGGGUGCCGUGGAGCAGCUGGCCGCUAAGUUCAAAACAGCUGAGAUCACAGAGUCUUUCAGGAAGACUUUUUGUGAGUGUCAGAGUCGAAUCGGAGAGGACGUGGAGGGCUCUGUUUCCUCGCCGCACAUGUCCCGUGUCCAGGAGCACUCACAGGACUCAAACCCUCAGGUGUUCCUUUCUGUGGAGGCUGAUGGACAGAACCUGGGAACUAUCACCAUCGAACUGUUCUCGCACAUCGUCCCCAGAACGGCCGAAAACUUCAGGGCUCUGUGCACCGGCGAGAAGGGCUUUGGGCUAAAAGGCUCUAUCUUCCACAGAGUCAUACCAGACUUCAUGUGCCAGGGUGGUGACAUAACCAAAAGCGACGGCACUGGAGGAAAAUCUAUCUAUGGUGACAAAUUUGAUGACGAGAACUUUGACAUCAAACACACAGGCCCAGGGAUCCUGUCAAUGGCAAACCGUGGCCGUGACACAAACAACUCCCAGUUCUUCAUCACGCUGAAGAAAGCAGAGCACCUGGACUUUAAACAUGUUGCCUUUGGAUGGGUUCGAGACGGCAUGAAUGUGGUGAAGAAAAUGGGCGAGCACGGCACAAAAGGGGGUGUCCCGGCGAAGAAACUAGUCAUAACCAAUUGCGGUCAGCUCUAGCCUUUCAAGUUACAUGUCAGAAAUUACACAGUAAUGCACUUCUCACAAAAUUAAUGUCAGGGGGCAACAAAUACAGCACAGUUCAUAAAGGACUUGGUACCAUUUUAAUAGAUGCAUACACAUUCUAAAUGGCUAUGCCAAAAUUGGGUGCAUAAGGAAAUGGUUUUUGACAUUGGAACAGGUGGUUUGUCAUUGUCAAUAAUUUUGACAUUGUUUGUAUAGUUGUACAUUGACUACUUUUUAUUGUCUGUGUUUUUUGUCUUUUUUGAACGUGUCCUGAGUUUGAAUGUGCUUCACCUGUCUCUUUCGUUGUUUAUAAGUCUUAAUCUUAUUGGUUAAGUCAGGUUAUCCGUAAAAAGCACCUAUUGAUCACAAUGUGCCCAGAAAUCUGCUAUUUUAGAUUUCAUUGAAUUUAUAUUUUAAAAAAAUGAUUUUUUUUUUUUGGUAACCUUGCUCUGAUGACAUACAAAGCACUGUUCAUACAGACUACAUGGUUAUUUAUCAUCAGGUGUUAGUUUUCUAAAAAAAAAAAAAAACAAACAAACAAAAAAAGCAAUUAAGGACAGAUUAUCAUAAUUUAAAUAGUGCUUUAUGUACCAGACUGGAGAUGAAUAAAGUUGCUUUUCAAAUGGUG